GUGAUGAGGAAAUUGUUCCUCGGCUCAUAGUUUAAGGGUAGUGCUCUUAUAUUCUUUGGAAGUGGUGUUGCCUAAUACAAAGCGGUAGUACAUUUCAUGUGUUGAGUUGAUAAAUUUGAGUCAAGUUACAUAACUUUUGGGGGAAUCGACGGAGAAAAGGGAAUAUCGCUCUGUUUAACUUUUACAAGCUUUUGACGAAAUUGAAGUCUAGCGGUGGGCGGACUAGAAAUGGAGUACCGUGUUGCUGCACUCCUCUUUGUUUCUCUAUUUGCUUUCACAGCAGCCGAACCUGUUACAUUUAUUGAUUGUGGAUCCAAGGAGGGGAAAAUAUUGACCAUUGAAGUCAAUCCUUGUCCAAAGCAGCCUUGUGAACUUAAGAAAGGACAGUCUUAUUCUGUCAAUGUGACCUUCAACAGUGAGAUUGAAAGCAAGACCAGCAAGGCUGUGGUGCAUGGAGUCGUCGCUGGUCUUCCUGUUCCCUUUCCAAUUCCCAAUGAUGACGGCUGCAAAUCGGGAAUCGAGUGCCCUAUUCAGAAGCAGAAAACCUACAGCUAUGUGAACCAGCUGCCUGUAAAAGCUGAAUACCCUUGUAUAAAACUGGUUGUGGAAUGGGAGCUGAGAGAUGAUGGUAAUAAUGACCUCUUUUGUGUCAAAUUCCCAGUGCAAAUCACAAGUUAAGGCAGAGUGGAAAACGUUGUUUGCAAAAAAUACAUUCUGAAGAGGAAUUUUGCAAGUAGCAAGACACAGAGGUCUGGACAAGGAAUAAUCAAAUGAUGAAUCAGUGGAUUAAUACAUUUUAAUGUUUAUAUCAGUUUAAAUUUGGCUGAUAUAUAAAACAUCCUUGGCUUUUAAUGUAAAAAUACCUGAGAGAAUGUUGAAUAAUUUAUUCAGAAUCUCGGUAUUGAAAAUGUAGAUUUUGAAAGGGUCCUCUACAACAAUGGUAAAAUAUUUUCAGACUUUUUCUAACUUGUUUUUAUUUGAGGAAUUGCCAAAUAUUACCUUAACAAUGUAAUGUUCUUUUCAGAGAACACAGGAUAAUGUUAUAUAUCUUUUGGGGGGGACAUUUUCCUUCAUCUUCUUUUAAAGAGUAUUCAGAAACUUACAUUUCCAGUUUGAGAUGCUGGAAUUCAAUUUUAUUUGUACUAUUGCACCCUAAUUAUUUAUCAGUCCCUUAAACUAUUUUAAGUGAUUUUUCUUUAGCUGCUGUGUAAACUAACAAUUUUCAUAUGAAGUUAACAUUUUCUAUAAUUAUUUUAUUGUGUUACCUAACUUGUUUGGUCUAUGGCUAUGAUGUUCAGUUCAAGCUUUCUGUGAUUUAAAAGUUAUUUUGUAGUUUUCAAUAUUUUUACACAAAUUUUACACUUUGUAUAAACUGAAACUUUGGUAUGUAACAAUUUAAAAUGGAAGUGUUCUGAGUCUCAGCAUGUUUGAACAAGAUAGUUGAACAGGUAGAUCAUGAUAUGUGCAUCUCCUUUCAUUGUUGCCUUUUCUGUUUAUCUGGUCACUUAUCAUGUUUUCUGUGGCAUUAAGUCAGAUAAGAAUCUAGCACAGUAGAUGUAGCCCAAUUCAUCACUGGACAACAAAAUGUAUCUGAAUUAAACAAAGGUUUACAUGAAUUUGUUACAGUAAUACCAUUCCCACCUGUCUUAAAUAAAAAGUAAAUUGUUGCAAGAGA